AUGGCCCGCUAUGCGCAGAACACCACCAUUGGCACCACCUGCCCCUGGGGCAGCGGCGACGCCAGCCUCCCGGAUGCGUUCACCCUCGCCGAGAUGAAAGCGGCAGGCCGCAGGCAGUCCAAGGAGGCCAUUGUGACGGCAGCAGCGCCCCAG